GCACGUUCAAUAUCGGUGCGAAACAAUGCGAGACGUCAUCGCUCGCGCGUAAUUCUUUUCUUGUGAACGAAAGGAAAUCCGAUUACAGAGUGUUGCAAAGUGAACGCACGCCGAAUAUUCCGUUUCUUCUUGUGUCGAGUGCAACGAGUGGGAUGUCGUCGUUGGACGAAAUAAACGCCGAAUGCCACGUGCUGGACGCCGUACGUAUCAACCUCCCGGCUGUGAUUUAACCGGGUGUCCUGCAGUGCUCCGUGAUCGCUGAAAGCUGUGCAAGAGUAAAUAAGGAAAUUAGUGGAGGAGAGCGGUAAGAAGAAAAAUAAAAAGAAGCCAGAUAAGCCAAAAUCGAAGCCAAUGAGCAAUAAGAAUAGCAGCCUUGUUCUCAGUCAUACUGGUGCCAUGAAAGAACUUAUGAAACCGAGUGGUAGCAUUCUCAAUGUGUCAGACAGUGUUGGUGCUAGUAUAACAAGUGUUGCGAUGGGUGCAGGCGACUUGAAAAUGCCUAGUGGCAUAGCUAGCGAUCUUCACCAUCAAGCUACAGCAGUAGGACCUAACAAGACUCAUGCUGCAGGAGGAAGCUUAGGACAUCAUUUGCCAACAACAGCGAAUGCUAAGCCAAAAGGUAAGGGCCGGGGACCCGGAAAAGCUGCCACAACUGCGAAUGCCGCAACCAAAAGGCCGAAGGCUAACAGCAGAUCUACUGGGAACAAGAAGAAAAAUACUGACAAUCAACCACCUCCGAUCACGUUUGAUUCGGAAGAUGAAGAUAAUGCUAAACCAAUGUCUUACGAUGAGAAGAGGCAGCUCAGCUUGAAUAUUGAAAAACUACCAGGUGAUAAAUUAGGUCGUGUUGUACACAUUGUAAUACAGUCUCGAGAGCCUUCACUGAGAGAUUCAGACCCAGAUGAAAUCGAAAUUGAUUUUGAGACACUGAAGCCAUCAACGCUUAGAGAACUGGAAAGCUAUGUUGCGUCAUGCCUCAAAAAGAAGCCACACAAAAAAGUCAGUGGUAAGUCCAAGGAUGAACAAAUGGCAGAAAAGAAACAAGAAUUGGAAAAGAGAUUACAAGAUGUAACGACGCAGUUGUUGGCAAUGUCAAGACUACUGCCAAGAAAGAAGACAGUAGUAAGUCGGUUGAUGUAGCUGGAACUGGUGAUGCCAGUGGACCUUCGCGAUUGUCAGCAUCAAGAAGUAGUAGCAGCGAUAGUGACUCCAGCAGUAGUUCGUUUUCUUCAACGAGCACUGAUUCAAGCGACAUUGAAGCAGGUUAGAUAUAAAUGCAACUGUUGUUACUAUUAGACUCUUACUUGGGAACAAAGAACUACUUGUAAUUAAGUGGUUGUCACAAAAAUAUGAAUGAUUUCUUCGGUGAGAUUCAAAAUUAUGGGGUUAUGUAUGACUAUAUCCUUUACUAGAACCAAUCGACAAAAAACUUGUCAGAAAGGGUAUAAAAUGCUUCUAAGAUAUAAAAAGAAAUAAUACAAUAAUAGUUUUGGUUUGUUAUGUAUUUCUUCAUUUCUU